AGACAACGUCAAACAGGCGCGCGUACUUUACUGAACGCGUCUUGUUCCCCAUGCACCGCGCGUCGAUCCUCUAAACCACCCCCCUCCUUCUACCCUACCUUACACGAAACGCUCGUUACCUGAUCUCUACACAUCCGAAUCCCCCAUCGCUCGUUUGGAGACCAGUCAAGCACAAAGUGAAGGACGCGCGCUAUCGAUCACCCGCCCGGCCCACAAUGUUCGGCUUCAAGAGAUCCUUCGUCUCGAAGGAGCAGCGCACUGGCAAGCCGAGGAAGAUCUCCAAGCGUUCCUUCAACGACGACGUCAAGCAGAGACUCCGCGAGAAGAUCAACGAUGCUGCAACUCCCGACACAUCGCCUUCGAUAGGUUCGGUGGCGUCGCCGAAGCUCAAUUCUGCCAUCGUCACGAUAGUAGUGGGCAAGGACCAGCGUCUCUUCGCCGCGCAUGAAGAUGUGCUGUCGCGCUCGCCGUGGUUCGCCGAGGCGUGUCGUGACCAAUUCUUUGAAUCUCCUGGCCAGCGACGAGUCUCUCUGCCAGACGAGGAGCCAGAGGCCUUUUCGGCCGUCCUCGAAUACCUGUACAAGGGCGACUACUAUCCUCGACUUGUCCACGAUAGGAAGAGAAAUACAUGGUCGCUCGAGGACACGGAAGACCUGACCAACCCAACAACGUCCAUGUCUCCCCGCGUGGACAAUACCGACCCCAAGAAACCAUGGAGUCUGAAUGAGUCCGCUUCAAUUUACCAUCACGGCGUGGGCGACUACGUCCUCCGAGACACAGUCGUCUACUGCACUGCACUGAAGCUGGGUCUGCCAGAACUGCAGCGCCUCGCUCUUCGAAAGCAAGGCCUGCAGUCUGGUAUCGAUGUGGCUACCCUUUUGCGCAGCGCCAAAUUUGCAUAUGCGAAUACGCCUCCCAGCGACUCCCGUCUCCGCGCUCAUUACCUCGCACUCAUCAUCCGCAGCCGCAAGACGUUCAAGCGUAGCGGCACAAUGCAGUUGGAGAUGGAGAAGGGCGGCACGCAGAUGUUCUUCGACCUGUUUGUUGCAAUGUCGAAUCACAUUGAUGAUGUCGUGGAAUUGGGCAACGCCCGGUCUCCCGAUCUCAAUAAGUGAAUUGAUGUCUGCAGAGCAUAAGCAGGCUCGAUGCAACUCGAACGCAUCAAAAUACGAAGUCAACUCUCAACUCAUCCAAGUUAAAAUCCACAAAAACAACAAGACUGCCUGUUCGACUCACCCCGCUCACUGGAUGACAUGGCGUUGCACUGGAUUUUUCACGAACACGAGCUGAAUCAGUCUGAUUCUAACACCUCCACGGUGCAGAAACAGCUUCAACUCUCCCACUCAUGGAACACCAUGACUAAUGUUUUGUCUACAUCCUCAAGGCACACUCUUUUUGGUUUUGCGGAUGCUGCUGAUUUGGGGAGCUGAGAAGCACACUCAACUCUGAUGACGGAAGAGAAUAAGACUGGACAAUAUCUGUGGUCCGUCACAGAAGUGAAGACCGAAAAAAAAACCCCUUUUCUUUUGUCAGUUGCUCUCUGGACAUGGGAUGAUUCUACUCGGCCUUUUGGUGACAGACUGAAAAAGGGUGGACUUCCAACAUGCCCGUCAGGCGACUGCCUUCGCCCAUUUUCCCAUUUUACUUUGUUAUUGUGUUUUGAUUUCUCUUCUCAUCCCACAGAAUGGACCACCAAUUCCGUCGCACCCGCACCAGAUGCGCUUGACGACGAAGGCGACUGCUUCGUUGAUAUCAGUCAGUAGAGUCGCGGUACAGAAACAAAGAUUGGCACGACGCUAGUUUGGAGAAUGUUCUGUUGCGGAGGGGACUGCGGAUGGUCCUGAAUAGUGUGUAGGUAGUAAGCGAAUCGAGAGACGUCGGCCACCAUUCUCCUUGUAUCACGUUUCUCUGCUGUGCAAGUCUUGUCGUAAUGCAGCAUCUUCUACCCUGCCUAGCAAUUGACACCGAUUCUCACCAAGGGCAGUUCCUGUUAGGAGGAG